CCAUAUUGUCAUUUGGUAAUAUGGUGAAUCUAAGGCACUUGCGGUGUGACAGAAUCAACAUCCCAAUUGGUUUCAGUAACCCUUCAUUGCUCAACUUGCAAACGGUUUCCAGACUAAGAUUAGGUCAUUGGGCUGAACUUUUGCUGCAUUCUUUUCGUAAUAUCAAGAAGCUUGGGUGUUCUAUUUCUUCAUCGUCAACCAAUCAUGGAUUACUUAGCUUUACGUUGCUAACUCGUCUUGAAGCUUUGAACAUAGACAAGUACACGUACGAUUCAUUAACUUUAACGAACCCAAUAAGGUUCCCAGAAACAUUGAGAAAGCUGACCUUAAAGGGGUUAUGUCUUCCUUGGAAUUAUAUGUCAACAAUUCGACAAUUACCCAAACUUGAGGUUCUCAAAUUACUAGACUCAUCGUUCAAAGGACACAUGUGGGAGUCUGGCGAUGAGCAGUUUCACCAGUUGAAGUUUUUGAAAUUAGUGAAGCUGGAUCUCCGUGUCUGGGAAGCUUCUAGCAUCAACUUCCCACACCUCAGGAAACUAGUAGUGAUAAGUUGUGAAGAUCUAAUGGAAAUUCCGCUAGACCUUGGAAGGAUCUACACCCUCGAGCAUAUUGAGAUAGAUUAUUCCAACCCUCGUGUACUUGAGUCUGUAAAAAGAAUUCAAGAAGCGCAGCGUGAGAUUGAGAACUAUGAUAUCCAUGUCAACUUCACUCACGCGGAUCCAAGCGAAGCCUUCUUUCAGGAAGAUCCUUUCUUUGACUAACUCCAUCAUCCUGGAUAUUCCGAGCUCUGGUAACUUGUAUAUUGUGUGAAUGCCAAGUUUGUUGUACAACAUCAUUAUGGAUGUGAGAAUUGGAUCAUUGCUUAUAUGUCCUCCUAAAUAGUGAAUAAUGGACUGAGAUGUAAGAGGAAUAGUUAAUAUCUGACUUUUGUUAUGUAUUGUAAAGUUACUCGUAUCUGACUUCUACAACACAGAACGCUAUAUUUUUCUUGUUA